ACAACUUUCAAGUGGACAUCUUCUCAGACAUACAUUCCGUUACUAUGGAGAAAGUUGUCUGCAGCUGCGCUAGCUGUAACGAAUACUUGGCCGAAUUUUUUAACCGGUGGAUUAAGAUUGGCAAAAGUUAUAUCAGUCCUGUCAUUGACACUGAUGAAAUCUUUCCCGGCGCGCCUACAGGCGCAGUACGACUCGGGGAAAAGGAGACACUGGUUGAGAAUUGCCAUCUCCAAGACAUAGCGUGCAGUUGUGAUGCUAUUGUUGGGCUUAGGUGUUUAGACACACCAGUCAAUCAUGUUCUACACGAUGGCCAAUUGUUUCUACGGCUCUCUUCAAUCAAGACUAGAGCCGUGAAUGAUCACAAACUUGUUGACAUAAAGAUUCAGAGAACGUUGAAGCUUAGGGAAGCUUCACAUAGUGGAUCCACGACUGCUAACACCCCUCCAGCCUCUGAGGACAGUGCCAAUAUGCCCAUGGAUCAUGAUGGCCCCUCAGAAAUCCAUGGCCAUCUCCUCGAUCACAUCCAGGAUCAACUAGACGCACAGAGAGAAGAAACCCAGAGAUUGAAUCGAGCUGGGUUUCAGAUGGCCUCUUCUUUUGACAAUGCUGUGCUCCGCAUUGAAGGCGAAAUCAAGAAGUUAAAAGAUGGUAUGGGUGACUUAAGAGAUGAGCGAGAGACCAAUUGUAAUAAGAUUGAUGCUAUUGAUGACAACGUUGCGCAGCUCCGAAUCAUUGUCGAUGAUGUGAAGAAUGCGUCGCAAAACAAAUCGGCAUACACUCGUCUUGAUGAAGAGCUCGCCUCCGCAAAGCAGGCAAUCGCAGACGUGCGCUUAUCUCUGAACAACGAGCUUGAUAAAUCAACCAAAAGGCACCAACGAAAGCACGAGACAUUAACUUCGGACCUCAAUGCUGUCCGGCUCAAUUUAGGGGCUAUGCGGGAUGAAUUAGAUGGAACUAAGAAGACCAUCAAUAAAAGGAUAUCAGCAGAAAAUAUUCAUGGUACCGAAAUAGCUUCGCUCAGAGCUGAACUGAAAGAGCUUAGAGAAGAGUUGGCCAAAGAACGAUCACAGAAAACAUUCCCGAGAGGGUCUAUGUUCCCAUCACGGGAGAUCGACAUACUUACAACUAAUAUCACCAAGAUUGGUCAAAGAGCAAACCAGAUUGAAACUCUUCAGAUGGCAUUUGAGCUUCUCAAGGAGCGAGUUCAAAGGAUGGAGAAGGGCUCAACAUCUAAUGAUCAAGAUGCUUCAGAGACGGGGAACCAAAACAGGCAUUCGAUUGAUUUACUACCUGAAGUAUCUAGGCGGAAAAGGAAACAUAGUCCCCGACCAGAGGAAACUACCGACUUACCCACGCCACAAACCACUUCGUCAAGUAAGAAGCCGACGCGACAGUUGAGGUCCAAUUCCCCGUUGAGUAACCAUGGUUCCUUGUGGUCUUCGCCGCGAGCUAAAGCCCAAACAUCAGAUGCUCAGACAGCUGAUUCUCCACGGCUCACUAAAUCAGGCGCAGUUGAUAAAAGGUCUAUGAGGAGACUCACUCGACUUGCGGCAUCACAGAACACAGGCUCAAAUGACUAAGAUUCUAUCUCUUGUCAACG